GCCCUGGGAGGCCGGGCGCCGCCAUGGAACUGGGCCCGGAGCCCCCGCACCGCCGCCGCCUGCUCUUCGCCUGCAGUCCCCCUCCCGCGCCGCAGCCCGUCGUGAAAGCGCUGUUCGGCGCACCAGCCUCCGGGGGCCUGUCGCCUGUCACCAACCUGACGGUCACCAUGGACCAGCUGCAGGGGCUGGGCAGUGAAUAUGAACAGCCGCUGGAGGUGAGAAACAGCAGUCUGCAGAGAAUGGGCUCCUCUGAGUCAACUGAUUCAGGCUUCUGUCUGGAUUCUCCUGGGCCCUUGGACAGUAAAGAAAACCUUGAAAAUCCCAUGAGGAGAAUAAGUUUCCUGCCUCAGAAGCUCUUGGGAUGUAGCCCAGCUCUGAAGAGGAGCCAUUCUGAUUCUCUUGACCAUGAUGUCUUUCAGCUGAUGGACCAGGAUGAGAACAAGGAAAACGAAGCCUUUGAGUUUAAGAAGCCAAUAAGACCGGCAUCUCGUGGCUGCCUGCAUUCUCAUGGACUUGAGGAGAGUAAAGAUCUCUUCACACAGAGGCAGAACUCUGCCCCAGCUCGGAUGCUUUCCUCCAAUGAAAGAGAUGGCAGCGAACCAGGGAAUUUCGUUCCUCUUUUUAUGCCCCAGUCUCCUGUGACGGCCACUUUGUCUGAUGAGGACGAUGGCUUCAUGGACCUUCUUGAUGGAGAGAAUCUGAAGAAUGAUGAAGAGACCCCGUCGUGCAUGGCAAGCCUCUGGACAGCUCCCCUUGUCAUGAGAAGAACGACAAACCUUGGCAAUCGAUGCAAGCUGUUUGACUCUUCUUCCACGUGUAGCUCCAUCGCCCGGACAGUGUUAAAAAGACCAGACCGAUCUCAAGAGGAGCACCUGCCCGCAAAUACGAAGCGGAGAAGGAGCAUGGCUGGAGCCAGUGCCGAAGAGGCAGCCAGUCCAGAGAAGCCCCAGAUUCUACAUCAGUCUUUAUCCCUGGCAUCUUCCCCAAAGGGGACCAUUGAGAACCUUUUGGAUAAUGACCCAAGGGACCUUAUAGGAGACUUCUCCAAGGGUUAUCUCUUUCAUACAGUUGCUGGGAAACAUCAGGAUUUAAAAUACAUCUCUCCAGAAAUUAUGGCAUCUGUUUUAAACGGCAAGUUUGCCAACCUCAUUAAAGAAUUUGUUAUCAUUGACUGCCGGUACCCAUAUGAAUAUGAGGGAGGCCACAUCAAGGGUGCGGUGAACUUGCACAUGGAAGAGGAGGUUGAGGACUUCUUACUCAAGAAGCCCAUCGUACCUACUGAUGGCAAGCGCGUCAUUGUCGUGUUCCACUGCGAGUUCUCUUCUGAGCGAGGCCCUCGCAUGUGCCGGUACGUAAGAGAGAGAGAUCGGCUUGGUAACGAGUAUCCCAAACUCCACUACCCUGAGUUGUAUGUCCUGAAGGGCGGGUACAAGGAGUUCUUCCUGAAAUGCCAGUCUCACUGUGAGCCCCCCAGCUACCGGCCUAUGCACCACGAGGACUUCAAAGAAGACCUGAAGAAGUUCCGCACCAAGAGCCGGACCUGGGCAGGGGAAAAGAGCAAAAGGGAGAUGUACAGUCGCCUGAAGAAGCUGUGAGGGCAGCCGUGCCAGACAGCAGCAGCCUGGCGCUCCCUCCGUGCCUCCCCCCUUCCCUCUUUG